UAUUUAAUUUGGAUCAUCGGACCAGUUUGAAAAUACAAUCAAAACUAAGCGACAUGUUGAUCAAAUCACAAACAACAAUUUAAACCUUUUGGAUAUAUGAUAAAUCUGAGAUAAACAGUUGUAUACACGCUACCACUGAGAAAAGGCAUAGCCAAUUCCGGUUGAUAAUUUUUGGACGUAUCAAAUUCUUGUUGUGAUUUACAUCACUUGCCGCCUUUUAAGCCCCAAAAUUAUGUGCAGUAGCACAGAAUCCACAAUCAAAUCUAGAUUUCAUAUAGAAUUGCUGGCUGACAGGAGUGUUGUCUUAGUGAAUGCGCGUGGUCAUGAAUCUGAAAUAUUUCUACCUGAUCUGCAAAACGGGCGAGUCUGUUUAAGGAAUGUCAUAUUUAGCCGCCAGCCCAAGCCAGAAGCAAGUGAGAUGAACUUUCUCUCAUGCUCGCCGAUCAAACGGUGCCACAGGAUGGGGAGCCACAAGCUGACCACUGCAACGGCGGGCUUGGCGCCAAACACUGCAAGAACUGAUAUUUCGAAACGACGCUUUGAACUUAAGCUUAUAUCGAAUGGAAAGGUGGUGCUGGUGGAAUGUAACGGCUGUGAAUCUGAGAUCUUUCUGCCUCAUAUUUGUAGCCGUUGCGUUGCCAUGAAGCGCAUCUCCGCUUACGAGCUGGCGCAAUGUGCAUCUCUCAAGUCGGGUAAAACAACGAAAUCCGUCAAAAAUUCGGCCGCUUCUAUUGCUGCUUCUUUGGCAACCCAGGCUAUUGGACUCUCCAACCUUUUGAUUAAUCCAUGUAAUUCAGUUAACACUGAUAAACAGAAAAGUGGACAGAGACCCCAGAAAGAGAAACAACUGACAAAAACCAAAAAGCUACAACAGAAAAGUCAAAAAAACGCCGCAAGCAGUAUUCAUAAGAAGCCAGAAACGUGUCAAAUUAAUUUAUUAAAGUCACCGUUCCGAACUCAAUAGAAAUUGUACGAGUUGACAAAUCAAACGGGUGCUAAACUUCAGUUGUCUUUCAUUAUAUUUUGAUGUAUAAAUAACAAUAACAUUUCCCAAUCCAGUAAUGUAAAAGUUUGUCUAUGAUAAAGUAAAAAUUUGGCUAAGCAAAUGAAUUUCAAAA